ACCACACGUCCUCGGUCCUCCGUCCUUAUAAAACCCCCGCGGCCACAUGCCACGACGAACACCCCGCAGCUUCAAACCCACCCACCCAUCCACCCGCCUGUCGAUCGAUCCAUCCAGCCGCCCGCUCGAGAUCGCGGCCGCUGUGCGCCUGUGCCAGUGCCAGUGCACACGGGCGCUGUUGCGACUUGCCCUCGCGGCCGACAAUCCCUCGAUCACCUCAACGUCCCCUGCUGCGCACUCUGCCCGCGCGCUACGAUCCAAUCCUCAUCCCGAUAUAUACCACGCCGGUCGCCACCGCGGGCAGGAGCUAAGCCCCCGGCCCGGCCGCGCUGUAGUAUUGCAGUAGCCUGUAGUGGUGGUAGCUUGUAGCCGUGCUGCGUCUGCGCAGGAUGCUGCAGGAGCUGGCGCCGUGCGCGUGCGGGGGGUUCUACGCCGGGGGCUGCGGCGGCCGGUGCGCGGGCGCCGCCGCCUCGGCCUUCUCGAUGCUGUUCCCCGCGGGGGCGGAGCAGUGCUACUACUACAAGGAGGAGGAGGACGGGCCGCCCUACGGCGGCGGGCCGGUCGACUGCACGCUGUCGCUCGGCACGCCGUCCACGCGCCGGGCGGAGGCGGGCGCCGGCGCGGGCGGCCACGCGCGCGCAGCAGGCGGCGCCGCCCCCUGCAAGGAAUCGUCCGGCCGCGGCUCGCCGGCGCGGCGGUGCGCCAACUGCGACACCACGUCCACGCCGCUCUGGCGGAACGGGCCGCGGGGACCCAAGUCGCUGUGCAACGCCUGCGGGAUCCGGUACAAGAAGGAAGAGCGGCGCGCCGCGGCGGCCGUCGCGCCGGCGCCGGCGCCGCAGGAGUACGCGUGCGGCGGCUACGCGAGGCAGCAGCCGCCGCAGCCGCAGUGGGGAUGCUACGGCGCGGCCGCGGCCAAGUCGGCGUCAUUCGGGAUGUACGGCGGCGACGUCGUCGACGCCGCGGCGGACGGGCCCUGCCUGUCGUGGAUGCUCAACGUGAUGCCCUCCUCGCCGGCGUUCGCAGUCCGGGAGAGGCCCACCCUGUUCCAGUACUACUAGCGCUAGGCUACUGACGACAAUAGUAGUAACUUUUUUUUAUUACCAGCUUAAUCAGUUUAGCGAUGAGAUCACAACCACAAAGUUGCAUUGUACUGCUAGUGCUAGACGACCAACAUGCAAGUUUGGAAGUGAAGCCCGCGUGCCAAAUUACCUCUUCUCUAGAUUUCGUCUGCGACUUAACUAACAGUACUUUUCACUGUUCGGUAAUCAUCAGCAUCUGAUCAUAAAAGGUGAGUUGAUACA